UUUCAGGACAAUACAGUUAUUGGAAAAUCGCAGCAUUGCAAACAACCUCACAGUUGGCUCUAAAAUUGUUUUUUUCUUAUACAUCUAUUUAUGUUCUACUUAUAUUACACCAUAAUUGCAAUUGUUUAAUUAAUCAUUGUAUCGAACCGUCUUGUAAAUUUGGCAAUUAACCAUAUUUUAAAACAAUAUGAGGUCAUUCAAUGUGUUCUUGUUUUUGACGAUAACAUAUACAUGCGUCUCAGUGAAUGGUGUAUAUUUUCAAAAUAAUCAAAUAAGUGAUUGGUGGACGAACACAAUCACAUAUCAAGUGUAUCCACGAUCGUUUAAAGACAGUAAUAAAGAUGGUAUUGGUGAUUUAAAAGGCAUUGUCCAGAAACUUGAUCAUUUUGUUGAUCUUGGCAUUGAAACAUUGUGGAUUGGUCCAUUUUUCAAAUCACCCAUGGAUGAUAUGGGAUAUGAUGUAGAAGACUAUAGAAUGAUAGAUCCGAUUUAUGGCACAAUGGAUGAUUUUAAUGAAUUAGUUAAAGAAAUGAAGAAAAGAAAUCUUAAAUUGGUAACAGACUUUAUUCCUAACCAUUCGAGUUAUAAAUGCGAAUGGUUUCAAAAAUCAAUUAAACGAGAAGGAAAAUACACAAAUUAUUACAUAUGGCGUGACGCUUCCAACCAACAAGAAGUAAUGGAAAAUCCUUCCGUAAAACCAAUACCUCCAAAUAAUUGGUUAAGUGUAUUUGGAGGUACGGGCUGGUCUUGGAAUGAUGUUCGAAAACAAUUUUAUUACCAUCAAUUCAAUGCAAAACAACCAGAUUUUAAUAUUAGAAACCCUGAAGUUCACCAAGAAUUGCUGGAUAUAAUUGGAUUUUGGAUGAGUAAAGGCGUUGUUGGAUUCCGAUUUGAUGCUCUUAGACAUUUAUAUGAAAGCGAUUCAUUCCUUGAUGAACCGUGUUUAACGGAAGGCGAUCCAUCAUGUUUAGUAAACUUCGAUAGUUUGAACCAUACCUAUACAGUAGAUCAACCAGAAAAUAUUGACAUUAUUAUGGAAUGGAGAGAAUACAUAGAUAAUUUCACAAGAAGUAAUAACAUACCAAUUUCUAGCUUUUUAGCCACGGAAUCCUACUCGCCAAUAGAUGUAUUAAUGCAGUAUUAUGGAAAUUCAACGAGAGCUGGUGCUCAUGUACCAUUUAACUUCGGAUUAUUAUCUGUCGAUAAACGUAAUAUAGUCGAAUCAAUCGAAAAACAUGUUAAAACAUGGCUAGAUAAUAUGCCUGAACACCAGGUAGCAAACUGGGUGAUUGAAAAUCAUGACAAUCCAAGAGUGCCAACAAAAUUUGGUCCUGAAACUGUUCCACUCUUUACAGCUUUAAAAUUAUCACUUCCUGGUAUAGAAGUUACAUACUAUGGUAGUGAAAUUGGCAUGGAUAAUACGUAUGUGAGACCAGAUCAAAUUCAAGAUCCUAACAACGCGGGAGGUAAAAGAGCGGACGAAACCAGAGAUAAUGAAAGGUGUCCAAUGCAAUGGGAUAGUUCAAUAAACGCAGGAUUUACGGAAGAAAAAAAACCUUGGUUACCAAUAAAUCCAAAUUAUUAUAAAGUAAACGUCGAAGAUCAGAAAAAAUUACCAAACAGCAACUAUAACUUUUAUAAAAAAAUGUCUCAACUUCGCAAAACCGACACAUUAAAAAAUGGUGAUCUUCAAACGUACAACAUUACUAAAUCAAUAUAUAUUUUAAAGCGAUCAUUAGUGGAACAUGAAUCGUAUAUAGUCGUAAUGAAUUUUGGCAGUGAAACUGAAACCGUUAUAUUGUCCAAUGCUGUGAAUAACCUCCAAGAACAACUUUACGUAUACUUAGGAAGUGAAAAUUCUGGAUACAGCACUGGAGACAUAGUAUCAACCGUAUCUUCAUCUGGAAAACCACUAAAACUACGACCACAAUCUGUAGCCGUAUUGACAGAUAAAUAUAUUGCAUCUGAAUCUGGAACAUCAACAAAUGAUAUUCAAAAUGCGGGUACACAAAUCAGUUCCAAAUUAAUUAGUUUAUUGAGUGUUUUUCUAUUUUUAAGAUAUUUCUUAUAAUUUAUGUCUCAUACUUGUAAAUAGUUAUUUAAUUUUAAUUUUACUGAUAAGUUUGUUAUAAAUUAUUUUUUAUAAUAUAAUAUUUAAUAAAAUUCCAGUUUAUGAUUAUAAACCAAA